CUGCUCGCCGUCGCGCUCUCUCGUCUGCCCGUCGGGGACCGCGGGAAACUCGCCCGAGCCAUGAAGUCCGCGAGAACUAAGAUGGCCAGGAAAGUAAUGAUGAAAAAAGGAUCCCAGACAAGUCUGAAAGAUCCAGUUGGGGUAUAUUGUAGGGUGCGCCCACUGAACUUCCCUGACCAGGAGUGUUGCAUAGAGGUGAUCAAUAACACAACUGUCCAGCUACACACUCCGGAGGGUUACAGACUGAACAGAAAUGGUGACUAUAAGGAGACUCAGUAUACAUUCAAACAAGUAUUUGGUACUCAUACCACCCAGAAGGAGCUCUUUGAUGUUGUAGCUAAUCCCUUAGUAGAAAACCUCAUUCAUGGCAAAAAUGGUCUCCUUUUCACAUACGGUGUGACUGGAAGCGGAAAAACACACACAAUGACUGGUUCUCCAGGGGAAGGAGGACUACUUCCUCGUUGCUUGGACAUGAUAUUUAACAGUAUUGGUUCCUUUCAAGCUAAACGAUAUGUUUUUAAAUCUAAUGAUAGGAACAGUAUGGACAUACAGUGUGAAGUUGAUGCUUUAUUAGAACGGCAGAAAAGAGAUGCCAUGCCCAAUCCAAAGACCCCCUCCAACAAGCGACAAAUAGAUCCAGAGCUUGUAGAUAUGAUAAAUGUACAGGAAUUUUGCAAAGUAGAAGUUGAUGAAGAUAGUGUCUACUGUGUAUUUGUUUCCUAUAUUGAAAUAUAUAACAAUUACAUAUAUGAUCUUUUGGAAGAGACACCGUUUGAUCCCAUAAAGCCAAAAAUUCCACAAUCUAAAGUGCUCCGUGAAGAUAAGAACCAUAACAUGUAUGUUGCAGGAUGUACAGAAUUAGAAGUUAAAACAACUGAAGAGGCUUUUGAGAUUUUCUGCAGAGGACAGAAAAAGAGACACAUUGCAAAUACGCAUCUGAACCGUGAGUCCAGUCGUUCACAUAGUGUAUUCAACAUUAAAUUGGUUCAGGCUCCCUUGGAUGCAGAUGGAGACAAUGUCUUGCAGGAAAAAGAACAAAUCACUAUAAGCCAGUUGUCUUUGGUAGAUCUUGCUGGAAGUGAAAGAACUAACCGCACAAAAGCAGAAGGGAAUAGAUUGCGUGAAGCAGGUAACAUUAAUCAAUCAUUAAUGACAUUGAGGACUUGCAUGGAGGUCCUGAGAGAGAAUCAAAUAUAUGGAACUAACAAGAUGGUUCCAUAUCGAGAUUCAAAAUUAACGCAUCUGUUCAAGAACUACUUUGAUGGGGAAGGAAAAGUACGGAUGAUCGUGUGUGUGAAUCCAAAGGCUGAAGAUUAUGAAGAGAGCUUGCAAGUCAUGAGAUUUGCAGAAGUGACCCAAGAAGUUGAAGUGACAAGACCAGUAGACAAAGCUAUAUGUGGUUUAACGCCUGGAAGACGAUAUAGAAACCAGGUUCGGGGAGGUCCAGUUGGAGAUGAACUGUUGGUUACAGAAGUGGUUCUACAGAGUUUUCCACCUUUGCCAAGUUGUGAGAUUUUGGAUAUCAACGACGAUCAGACUCUUCCCAGACUGAUUGAAGCGUUAGAGAAACGACACAGCCUACGACAAAUGAUGAUCAAUGAGUUUAACAAACAAGCUAUUAAUUUUAAAGCUUUAUUGCAAGAACUUGAAAGUAGUGUUUUAAAUAAAGAAAACUAUGUCCAAGAAAAACUAAAUGAGAAAGAAAAGGUGAUCUCAGGACAAAAGAUGGAAAUAGAACGACUGGAGAAGAAAAACAAAACUUUAGAAUAUAAGAUUGAAAUUCUAGAAAAAACAACUACUAUAUACGAAGAAGAUAAACGCACUCUGCAACAGGAACUUGAAACACAGAAUCAAAAACUUCAGCGACAGUUUUCUGACAAAAAGAGGUUGGAAGCCAGGUUGCAAGGCAUGGUGACAGAAACGACGAUGAAGUGGGAAAAAGAAUGUGAACGUCGAGUGGCAGCCAAACAGCUGGAGAUGCAAAAUAAACUCUGGGUCAAAGACGAAAAACUUAAACAGCUGAAGGCUAUAGUCACUGAACCUAAAGCUGAAAAGCCAGAGAGGCCCUCUCGGGAGAGGGAUCGAGAACGAAUUACUCCAAGAUCUGUUUCUCCACCGCCAGUACCUCUUUCUAGUAACUAUAUUGCCCAGAUCCCCAACGUCCAGCAACUCAUGAGCCAGCCACAGCUACAUAGGCGCUCUAACUCUUGCAGCAGCAUUUCUGUAGCUUCCUGUAUUUCGGAGUGGGAGCAGAAAAUUCCUUCAUACAACACACCUGUCAAUGUCACAUCUAUUGCAAGGCGUAGGCAGCAGGAGCCAGGACAAAGUAAAGCUUGUAUCGUGUCAGACAGAAGGCGAGGGAUGUACCUGACUGAAGGCAGGGAGGUUGUUCCCACAUUCAGAAAUGAGCUAGAAAUACAAGAGGAUCAUUCCUGCAGGGUCCUCUUUCAACCUGAUCAGAAUGCACCACCAAUCCGUCAACGACACAGACGAUCACGCUCUGCGGGAGACAGAUGGGUAGAUCAUAAGCCUGCCUCUAACGUGCAAACUGAGACAGUCAUGCAGCCACAUGUCCCUAAAGCCAUCACAGUGUCUGUUGCAAAUGAAAAGGCACUAGCUAAGUGUGAGAAGUACAUGCUGACCCACCAGGAACUAGCCUCCGAUGGGGAGAUAGAGACUAAACUGAUAAAGGGUGAUGUUUAUAAAACAAGGGGCGGCGGACAGUCUGUACAGUUUACUGACAUUGAGACAUUAAAACAAGAAUCACCAACUGGUGUUCUGUGGCUGUGGAGAUGA